ACAUCUCCAAAACCAUGACUACGAUUUUGACCUUGUCCAAAUGCGGCAUGAUCGCGGCAGGGAUCUGGCGGUUUCCUGUCACUACGAGACCAUCCUUUCAAAUAUUGUACGCGUUAUACUCCAUAUGUAUCCAGGUUUACCUCGCCAUCUUCGUCGUCUCCAUGGUCAUCCGUUUCGCGAUUCUCUCCAUCCAUGAAAAUCACCCGACCAAGGAAUCCGUCGACUUACUAUUUACAGCCUUCGCUUACCUCAUCUCCUUCCUCGUAACCCAAAUCAAAGCCGUCAUUUGUCAGACGAAGCCACUGAGACGAAUAAUCUGUUACAUAAUCGAAGAAGAAGAGAACCUUUCCAAUUCUGGCGACGAGGAGAUUUUGGCAUACCAUCGUCGACAGAUUGCGUUGGACAAAAAGAUCAACUGGGCCAUUUUCUACUUUACGGCUCUUCUAGGAUCGGCCGCCAUAGUUUCCAACGCCUUUCUCAGGGUGAGCAUAGGACAGCUCAACAGUGCGAGCAACAGCACCGUACGUAGACCUUUCGUCUAUGAGCUGUACUACUACAAAGUCGACACGGAAAAGAGAGCCUCGAUUUUGGUGAUUCUGAAUGCGUUCAGUGUCUUGGUGGCCAUUUUAAUGGGAGUCUCCACCCAGAGCAUCUUCCUUACUUGCAUCAUUUUCGCGUCGUCAGUGCUAAAGGCCCUACAGGUUAAACUAAAGAAGAUGAGCGUUGGCGAUAACGACAUGACAGUCACGUUGGCUGGUCUCGUGAAGGAACACCAACGAGUUGUGAGGUUCAUCAAACAAUUAAACGAAGCGGUGAAGCACUUAAUGCUGAUGGAUUAUUUCCUUAACGCGAUGAACAUGGCUUUGGUUAUGCUCCUCUUUCUCGAGGCGGAAACCGGCAUGCAAUUUGCAUCGUGCGUUUUUUAUUCCGGACGUAUGAUGGUCAUCAUUUUCGCACUAGGUUGGACCUCUAACGAAAUCAAAGUUCAGAGCCAAGGUCUGGCCGAUGCGAUCUACGAGAGCGGCUGGUACGAGCGACCUUUGUCAGUCAGGAGGUUGCUCCACAUGAUGAUACUCAGAGCCCAGCGACCUCUGGCGUUGACCAUUGGGCCUUUCGACGAAAUGACCAUUCAGUCUUCUCUUACGAUUAUGAAGGCCGCGUAUACAUACGGUACUGUUAUGAUGCAAAAGUACCAACGAGAGUAAACAUUCAUUUAAAAGAGCCGCGGUGUUUCAUUUCCCUGCACGCAGACAAUCCCGACGAUUUUCGCGAGACACCAAAAAUCGCCUCGGAAUUGUCGCGUAAUAAUAGAGGAGGAUCCGUUCAACACAUAUUUACCUGUAAUAACGAAUACGUUAUGCGGAUUGUCUGAAUACAAAUCAUCCUCGUCGAACAAUAGGGUCGAAAUAAUAUAGCGUUGUAUUUAAUAAUUAAGUCAAAACUCCGCUAUCUCCGAUUUGCCUUUUUUUGCACGUUGUUUCGACCUUUCUGAGGUUUUCACGUGUGACCUUUGAUCCCCAAUUCUAAGAAUUAAUUUUGCUGAAUAAACAUAAUCAAAAGUCGGAAUU